UCCAUCUCCUUGUCCCUGGAGCUGGUGGGAUGAUGCUCUGCUUCUGUCCUGCUCUUGGGCUGGGACUAGUCCCUGCUCUGCUGGGCUGAGGCUUUUCCCUGGAUGGAUCCUGAGAUGCAGGAGGUGUCAGUGGGGCAGCUCUGCACAGCUCCUGCUUCCCCCCUGGCAUUUGGGGCUCUCAUGGUGGGUCCUGUCUUCUGCACCCUGGGGGUGCUGCUGUCCCCAGUGCUGUCCCCAGCACCCAGCACACCUGGACAGCCCUGUGCCAUCACAGCCAGGGCCACCACCGCUCCCAGGCGGGCCAGGACAAGAUGGAGUAGCUUGUGGAGCAAAGGGGCCACCAGCAGGCACCAGUGACUGCCACUGGCCGUGUCCCCCAAAGCCCAGGGAAGGCUUUGCUGAGCAGGCUCUGCUGCUUGCAGAGAAACUCCAUGGCACAGGCUUCUCCAGAUCAGAGCAGCACUACCAGGGCAGGUGGCUCCCACUGCUGGGCCCAGCCUGCCUGGGAUGGUGCAGCACCCUGGGACACCCAGGAGGGCUCAGCACAGCCUGUGCCUCCUGUGCCCAUCAGCUGCAGUGUCCCAGCCCACCAGGUAUGGACACUGCGGGGCAAAGGGCCAGGACAAAGCCUGGAGCUGCAGGAUGGCUGUCCCCGAGCUGGGCAAAGGCUCUGGGGAGUGGGGGUGAUGGGGCAGGCCCUGGGGCAGCAGGACACGAGUGAAUGUGUGGGGAUGAAGGGGCUGAUGAGUGAGGGAAGUGGCACAGGGCAAAGGCACCCUCAGUGCUGCCUGAGGAGCUGAGCCAAGGUGCCACUGUCCUUUCCCUGUCUUCAAGGACAGCCCCAGGGGUGGUGGAAGGUGCAGGGAAAGGUGAGGAGGUGAAUCACAUUUGCACUGAGCCCCCAGGCUGACGGGGCUGGGCUGAGCACCCCGGGCUUUAUUGCCUGGCUGGUCCCUGCCCUGCCCCUGGGGUUUUCUCUGCCCUGGCAUGGCAGAGGGAUGGGGUGCAGCCAUCCUGCUCCAGGGGGCCCCGAGGGAAGCAGCAAGGAUGCACUUUAUCAGAGCAGGGGAGCAGAGCCGUGGGUGCUCCUGGCUGCAGGAACGCCACGAGAGAACGCGUCCGGAUAAUCCCGAGGAGUGUGAUGGAGGAGAGCAGGCUUCUUACCCCACACCUCCUCUCCUGCCCCUGCCCUCCCUUGUGAUGCACUUUGAGUGGAUGAGGGUGGCGUUCAAGCUGUGGCUCUGGCUCCCUGGGAACACCAGCUGAGCCUCAACACACCAAAAACUGCUUCAGCCCCUUUGGCCCAUGGCUGUGUCAGGCUCUGCCUCUCACGGGUGCUCUGAUGGCAGGCAGGCAGGCAGGGGCAUGGCCACUCACCUCCAUGCAUGUCCAGGCCACCUUUGUCACACGCACAAGAAGAGCAAAUGCUUCAUCACCUGGCUGGGGUUUGCUGGAGGGGAGACUGGGCUAGAACAGGGAGGGGAUGGGGCUUCUCCCAGGGUUUCAUCCCUCUCCCAAAUCAGGCAAUAAAACAGUGUUUCCUUCUCACUGUGUGUGUGUGGACACCAUUUGUCCUGUCCCCCUGCCGUGGGCUCUCUGUGUGUGUCCCUGCCAUGCUGGACCCUGUGGUUUUCCAGCCUUUGCUGUGUCAGGACACCAGGCUGGACACUGUGGGCAUGUGUGAUCCAGGGGGGCACCACACAGAGAAGUGCAGGCGUUGAAACUCACACUUCCACACGGCCACAGGUGUGAGCUGCUCCCUCCCUGGGACAGCUUGCCAAAAUAAGGUGCAGGUAGCAGCUCAAAGGCCAAGGGAGUCUGCUGGCACAGCUCUGUUGUGCCAGCUGCUCCGGGGGGAUUUGCCCAGGUCUCUCUGCCUUGCUGGGAGGAGGCUGUGAAGCAGGAGCAGGGCACUGCUGCCCACAGCUGCAGCCUGGCAGGAACCAGGCAGGGUGGAGGUGAGGCCCUGGGCGCUCCAGGCUGGGCUGCACAAGCAGGUAAGUGCCCCGCAGGGCCGGGGUGCCAGGUGCCAGCUUGCUACCCACCAGUGCCCAGAGGGUGCCGGGAGCUGCUGGGCAGGAGGAGAUGUCCUGGUUUGUGUCGGUGUUUCUGAGAUGCCAGCUGACUUGUUGGACUUCACACAUCAAUAAAACUUAUAUUUAUAGUGCACAGCCUCCCCCAGCUCCUUCCCCCGCUCGGGAGGAUCCUCUCGGCAGCAGAACGCGUCCUGCAGGCUCUCGUUGCACGGCCGGGCAGCAGCUGGGGACGCAGAGCCGCCAGAUGUGUCCGGAGGCAGCACAUCUGAGCCCGGUGCGGGUGCUCCUGCCAGGCUUCAGCCGCUCUCCAAUCCUGUUCGGGGAGCUGGCAGCGCUGGCCUCCAGCCGCUCUCCCGUCGUGCUCGGGGAGCUGGCAGCGCUGGGUGCGGGCUCCUGCCAGGCUCCAGCCGCUCUCCCGUCGUGCUCGGGGAGCUGGCAGCGCCGGAGCGGGGCGGGACGGGGCAGGAUGGCGUUGCAGGAAGUUCUGCCUGCGGAGCAGCCGCCUCCGCAGCGGAGCCGUGCCCGGGACAGGCACGGCGAGAGGCGGAUGGGCAGCUCGGGGCUGCGCUCCGUGAGCCCGGCAGGCCGAGCACGGGCAGUUCCCGGCUGGAAUCCUGCAGGACGAGGUAACCCCAGCCCCGGGCUCCGGCCCCUGCACCGCCACGGCCUCGCCAUGAGCGGGGAGCCGGGAGGGCACAGGGGCCACCAGGACACGGGGGUCCCCAGGGGGGUCCCUGGAAGGGCUCAGCAGCGGAAUGGCAGCUCGGGGCCCUCGGCUCGGCAGAGGGGCUGGGAAGGGGCUGGGAACCGGGCAUGGGACAGCGUGGGGUUGUUUCCUGCGGGGCCACCGAGGUCGGGACACCUGUGCUCAAGGUGGAGGAUGUCCCGGGCCAUGCAGUGCCAGGGCUGCCUGCCCUGGGGCAGCUGGGCGCGGCUGCCGCGGUCCCUGGCAGGGACAAGGGGGACCCGCAGCGUGUCCGUGUGUGCUGCUGCCGUGCCAGGUGGUGCAGGCAGGAAUUUCCUCAGGAGGAUCCUUGGCACAAGCAGCAUCUCCCUCCCCAGGGGCUGUGUUCACUACCAGGGAGACUCCCAGGAGAAACCUGCCCAGCCCAGCUCCUCUCACCAUGGUCAGUCCCAGCUGAGGAAAGUGGCCUUUUCUGGUGCCAUCAAGAAGCACCAGAAGAGCCUGUCUGCGUGGUUCAGCCACCAGCCCAAUGAGGAGAGGCAGUUCGGCCCUUCCUUCUCUCUGGAUGCCGUCCAUGUGGACCCAGUGAUCCGGGAGAGCUCCCUGGAGGAGAUCCUGAAGCCCUCCCCUGAUUUAACCAUCCAGAACCAGCUCCAGCAGCCCUCCAGGAAGGUUAUCAGCCUCCACAACCUGUUCGACGUGGACGCCUGCGGGCGGCAGGUGAAGAACGUGGUGCUCUACGGCACCGUGGGCACGGGCAAGAGCACCCUCAUCAAGAAGAUGGUGGUGGACUGGUGCCAUGGCCGCCUGCCCCGCUUCCAGCUGGUCAUCCCCUUCUCCUGCGAGGACCUGUCCCACAGCCAUGCCCACGUGUCCCUGCGGCGCCUCGUCACCAAGAAGUACCAGCACCUCCGGGACGUGGUGCCGGUGCUGGAGGCUUCCAACCUCAGCGUGCUCUUCAUCCUCAACGGCCUGGAGCGCCUCAACCUGGACUUCAGCCUGGCUGGCACGGAGCUGUGCUGUGACCCCAACGAGCCCGUGCCUCCCUCUGCCAUCGUGGUCAACCUGCUGCGGAAAUACCUCCUGCCCGAGGCCAGCAUCAUCGUCACCACGCGCCCGUCUGCCGUGCGCCGCAUCCCCGGCAAGUACGUGGGGCGCUACGCCGAGAUCUGCGGCUUCUCCGACACCAACCUGCAGAAGCUCUACUUCCAGAUGCGCCUCAGCCAGCCCGGCUGCUCCGGGGAGGAAAGCCAGCAGCGCCACUCGGCAGAGCAGGAGAACCUGGUGGAGAUGCUGUCGAGGAACUUGGAGCGCCACAACCAAAUAACGGCCGCCUGCUUCUUGCCGUCCUACUGCUGGCUGGUGUGCACCACCCUGCACUUCCUCUACUUCACCAGGGCGGUUCCUCCCAGCCAGACCCUCACUGGUAUCUACACCAGCUUCCUGAGGCUCAACUUCAGCGGGGAGGUGCUGGACAGCACCGACCCCACCCACAUCUCCAUGAUGAAGUAUGUGGCCAAGACAGUGGGCAAGCUGGCCUACGAGGGGGUGAUGUCCCGCAAGACCUGCUUCUCAGAGGAGGACCUGCGGCACUGCUUCGAGGUGGAGAUGAAGACUGAAAGCGAGCUCAACCUCCUGGAGGUUUUCCGCAGCGAUGUGUUCCGCUUCUUCCUGAGCCCGUGCGUGCAGCCAGGCAAGGAGCACACUUUUGUCUUCACCAUCCCCGCCAUGCAGGAGUACCUGGCAGCCCUGUACGUGGUGCUGGGUGAGAAGAAGACCCUGGUGCAGAGAGUGGGGAAGGAGCUGUCAGAGGUCCUCGGGAAGGUCAGCGAAGACGUGGCUGUGGUAGUGAACAUCAUCUCCAAGGUGCUGCCUCUGCGCUUCCUCCCCGUGCUCUUCAACCUCCUCAAGAUCUUCCCUCGCUACUUCUCCCGGGUGGGCGGCAAGGACAGGGAUACCAUUGCCCACACCAUGGCAGAGGAGCUGUUCAAGGAGGAGGAUUACUACAAUGAUGAUGUCUUGGACCAGAUCAACUCCAGCAUCCUGGGCGUGGAGGGCCCCAUGCGCCACCCCGAUGAGGCCCCGGAUGAUGAGGUCUUCGAGCUCUUCCCCAUUUUCAUGGGUGGGAUCCUGUCCCGCCGCAACCGCGCCAUCCUGGAGCAGCUGGGCUGCUCCAUCAAGAACCUGGCAGCCUUCGAGAUCGCCAAGGCCAUGAAGAAGACGGUGAUCAGGAAGGGCCGCAGGGGCCUGCCCCCCUCGGAGCUCAUGGACUACCUGUUCUUCCUGCACGAGUUCCAGAACGAGCGCUUCACGGCCGAGGCCAUCCUCUCCCUCCGUGCCGUCAACCUCUCCUCCGUCAAGAUGACCCCUCUCAAGUGCUCUGUGCUGGCAUCUGUCAUGAGCACCACGUGUCACGAGGUGGAGGAGCUGAACCUGACCUCCUGCAACCUGGACAGCGGCAGCUUGAGGACCCUCUUCCCUGUCCUGCUGCGAUGCAAAGCUCUCCAUCUGCAGCUCAACAGCCUGGGCUCCGAAGCCUGCAAGGAAAUCCGUGACCUGCUCCUGCAUGACAAGUGUGUGGUGAGCAGCCUGCGGCUGGCCAACAACCCCGUGGGGGAGCAGGGCGCUCGCUACCUGGCCGAGGCGCUGGCCGGCAACCGCUCCCUGACACAGCUGUCCCUGCUGCACACCUCGCUGGGGGACCCUGGCGCUGAGGCCAUCGCCCAGCACCUGGCCCAGAACCAGCACCUGCAGGAGCUCAACCUGGGCUACAACUCCCUGACGGACACGGCGGCCCUGCGAGUGGUGGAGGUGGCCAAGAGGCACGAGACGCUGGACAAAGUGCAUCUCUACUUCAACGACAUCAGCGAGGAUGGCAAGAGGGCUCUUGACUCCCUGCGCAUGGACCGCGACGGCGUCAGGGCUCUGGUUUUCCUCACGGCGGGCACCGACGUCUCCGAUUACUGGUCCCACAUCCUGAACGUGGUGCAGAGGAACCUGCCCUUCUGGGACCGCGAGCGGGUCCGGCAGCACCUCACCCUCCUCCUGCAGGACCUGGAGAGCAGCCGCAGCCAGACUGCCAAUCCCUGGAGGAAAGCCAAAUUCCUGCGAGUCGAGAGCGAGGUCAAGAAAAUGCUGGGGAAACUGCAGGAUGGGAGCCUCUAACCUGCUGCCCAUCCACCAGCCAGGGGUGGGGCAGUGGAGUGUGCCCAGCAGCACGUUCCCUGCGCCCUCACCCACCUGGAGAUGCUGGCUGGAUGGUGCUGUCAAAGGUGCUGGGUGUGUGGGGCUCAGCCUUAUCUGCAGUGUGGGAAUGGGACAGAAACCAGGCCAGGAGCAAAUGGGACUUGUUCUUCUGGGCUUGUGGAAAGCCAGCCCCUGCACCCCAGCCAGAGUGCUGGCAGGGAGCAGGAUUGGGGCUUGUCUGUGAAUCUUUUGGGAGCAUUAAAGUGCACCUCUUUAUUUCCACUGAA